CAGGAGAAGAGUCGGGAGGAGGAGGAGGAAAAGCCGAGCUUCGUCGUCAAGGCGGAGAGCGGCCUCCUUUUUCUCCUUUCCCCUCAGAGUUGAAAAGAGGAGGCGUCGUCGUCGAGAGAGAGAAAGAGAGUCCCAGCAUCGCUUGGGUUAACGACGGAGGACGGAAGGAAGCUGAGGAGGGGGAAACGAGAGAGAGUGUGUUCCCCUCAGGGAGGGAGAGGCCUGCUCACCCUGAGGAGGCGUCGAAGAGAGCCCGGUUUAGUCUCAGCAUCGCUUGGGUUAACGACGGAGGAAGGAAGGAAGGAAGGAAGGAAGCUGAGGGGAAAACGAGAGAGUGUGCUCCCCUCAGGGAGGGAGAGGCCUGCUCACCCCGAGGAGGCGUCGAAGAGAGGCCGGUUUCUUGACUCUGAGGGACUUGGCUGAGGGAAAGAAAGAGAGAGAGAUAGACUGGCCCUUUCUCUCAAUCUGAAGGGACUUGGCAGGCCUCUUUCCCCCUUCCCUUGCCCGCCAGUCAUUCUCAGCCGUCGUCGGCAGUUGUGUGAACGUUGUUGUUGUCUUUCCUCAGCGGCGGGAAACCACUCACUCAGUGACUGGCUCUGAGGGAAAGCGAGGGAGGAAGGAAGGAAGGAAGGAAGGAGAAGGCCAGACUGUCCCUUUCUCUGUCUCUCACUCUGAGGGGACUUGGCAGGCCGCUUUCCCCCUUCCCUUGCCCGCCAGCCAUUCUCAGGACUCGGCCUCCUUCGUCAGUUGUGUGAACGUUGUCGUCUUUCCUCAGCGGCGGGAAACCCACUCACUCAGUGACUGGCUCUGAGGGAACGCGAGGAAGGAAGGAGAAGGCCUGCCUGCCUUGGAGGCCGGGGCCUGCCUGCCUGCCUGCCCGCCUCCUCUCUCUCUCCCUCUCUUGCUCCAUGUCGGCCUCUCUUCCCGGCUCUUCUCUGCAGCAGGAUGAUGGAUGCGGGCGCUGACCCCCGCGGAGCCCCUUCUCUCCUCCUUCUUCCUCAUCUCCUCCUUCUCCUCUUUCUCCUCCAGCAGCAGCCGCCGCCUUUGCUGCUGCUGCCCUUCCUCUCCGCCUUGAGAGGGAAGCCUCCUUUAGAGCCGCCCGCCGAGGCAGCCCAUUGAGGCCCCUUCCUUUCCUUCCCUCCUCCUUCCUCGCAGGUAUCAUCAUGUCUGAGAAUGGUUUCUUGGCGCCCCCUCCUCCUCCUCCGCCCAAGAACGGCUCCAGCUCGGACAGCUCCGUCGGGGAGAAGCUCGGGACGGCGGCUGCCACCUCCACCAUCACCAUGGCUGUGUCCUCCUCUUCUACAACUACUUCCACCGGGGAUCCCGACAGCCCCGAAGGCCGCAGCGAGGAGUACCGCCGCCGCCGCCACACCAUGGACAAAGACAGCCGCGGAGCCGCCGCCACUGAGCACCGCUUUUUCCGCCGGAGUGUCAUUUGCGACUCCAAUGCCACCGCUUUGGAGCUGCCCAGGCUGCAGCCCGCGGCGCCUCCCGUGGCCGCCAUCGCCGCCACUGCUGCCUCCUCCUGCUCUUCUUCUUCCCAAAGCAGCAUCCCUCCAGUGCUGGGCUCUCCCCCAGAGUCUGUUGCCCAGGCCAAGGCUGUCGCCCAGGCCCCCACUGCCCAGCCUCCCGCGCCUCCUCCUUUGCCUCCACCUGGCCAGGAGGAGGAGGAGGCCGUAGUGGCCAAGGAAGUAGUAGCCCCACUUCUGGCUGCCAAGGAGGAGGGGGCAGAGGAGGCCGCCCCGCUGCCUGCCACCAGCACAGCCGGGAGCCUGACCUCCUCGGCUCGGGACCAGCAGGACGAGAGGAACAAGGAGCAGGAAGACACCGAGGAGCUGGAGACCAAAGCCGUCGCCGUCUCCCCCGACGGGCGCUUCCUCAAGUUCGAUAUUGAGAUUGGCAGGGGCUCCUUCAAGACUGUCUACAAGGGAUUGGAUACAGAGACCACUGUGGAGGUGGCUUGGUGUGAGCUGCAGGAUCGGAAGUUGUCGAAAUCAGAACGGCAGCGGUUUAAAGAGGAAGCAGAAAUGCUGAAAGGACUUCAGCAUCCUAACAUUGUUCGGUUCUAUGAUUCCUGGGAAUCUACAGUAAAGGGAAAGAAGUGUAUUGUUCUGGUUACAGAACUUAUGACAUCUGGCACACUGAAGACAUAUUUAAAAAGAUUUAAAGUGAUGAAAAUUAAAGUACUUCGAAGCUGGUGUCGGCAAAUACUGAAGGGUUUGCAGUUUUUGCAUACACGUACUCCUCCCAUUAUCCAUCGUGACUUGAAAUGUGACAACAUCUUUAUCACGGGCCCCACGGGAUCAGUCAAAAUAGGAGACUUGGGUUUGGCAACCUUGAAACGAGCUUCUUUUGCCAAGAGUGUGAUAGGUACCCCAGAGUUCAUGGCACCUGAGAUGUAUGAGGAGAAAUACGAUGAAUCCGUUGAUGUGUAUGCUUUUGGGAUGUGUAUGCUUGAGAUGGCUACGUCUGAAUAUCCUUAUUCUGAAUGUCAAAAUGCUGCGCAGAUCUACCGUCGAGUGACCAGUGGAGUCAAGCCAGCCAGCUUUGAUAAAGUAGCAAUUCCUGAAGUAAAGGAAAUAAUUGAGGGAUGCAUCCGUCAAAACAAAGAUGAAAGGUAUGCUAUCAAGGACCUUCUGAAUCAUGCAUUUUUCCAAGAAGAAACUGGUGUGCGGGUAGAGCUAGCAGAAGAAGAUGAUGGUGAGAAAAUUGCCAUUAAGCUCUGGUUACGAAUUGAAGACAUUAAAAAGCUUAAGGGCAAAUACAAGGAUAAUGAAGCAAUAGAAUUUUCUUUUGACUUGGAGAGGGAUGUUCCAGAGGAUGUAGCACAAGAAAUGGUUGAGUCUGGGUAUGUCUGUGAAGGGGAUCACAAAACAAUGGCCAAAGCAAUAAAGGACAGAGUGUCCUUGAUUAAGAGAAAGAGAGAACAGCGUCAAUUGGUGAGGGAAGAGCAGGAAAAAAGAAAACAAGAAGAAAUCAAUCAGAAUCAAAAGAUAGAACAACAGUUACAAGCAAAUGCAGCCCAGCAAGGCACAAAACAUGCCACCCCUGUCACUGGAGUUGCAACCAUUCCCACUACUUCAACUUCAGUUUCUACACAAGUGGAACCUGAGGAACCAGAGGCAGAUCAACACCAACAGCUGCAGUACCAGCAGCCUAGCAUUUCUGUUUUAUCUGAUGGCACGGUUGACAGUGGCCAAGGAUCGUCUCUCUUUACUGAAUCGUGUGUGAGUAGCCAGCAGACUAUUUCGUAUGGUUCCCAGCAUGACCAGUCUAUUCCAGCCUCGGGAUAUGCAGCUGGCCAACCACAAUCCCAACAACCUGGAGGAUAUCAGUCAUCUGCCGUGCCUCCACGUGGCUGUAGCAUGCCAGUUUGUCUUCCCCUCUUUCUUUCCCCCCUCUAUACCAAAUCCUUCCCAGUGCUCUUCCACCCCGCCAUCGGUGUUGUCUGCACCUCUUUCUCCUUCUUGCCUUCGGACUGCCCUGAUGAAACCUUUGGUGAAAAGCUUUCCAAAGCCCUGGAGAGUGUGCUGCCCAUGCACACUGCCUCUCCACGCCAGCACCGGCGCUCCAGCUUGCCUGCCCUCUUUGUCAACCCUCCUCAGUCCAUGGUGCAUCCGUGUGGGGGAACCCCAACAUUCCCAGAUUCCCAGAUAUUUUUUCCAACCGUUCAUGAACGGCCAGUGUCUUUCUCGCCACCUCCCAUUCCGUCGAGGAUGGCCAUUUCUCAGCGGCGCAAGAGUACUUCCGUCCUUGAAGCCCAAACGUGCCACUUCCAGCCCUUGCUGAAGACUGGUCAGAGUUUGCUUCUCCCAGGUGGUAGUCCAACAGCUUGGACACCAGAAGCACUGGUGACAGUGAGCACUACAGCUCAUAGAUCUACAGCAGAGCAUACACAGGCUGACCCUACAUUUGAGUCGUCCCAAGUGCUUGGUGAUUAUAGACCUGGACACGCACCUUCAAAAGAUGCAGCAAACAUGUUGACUCAAGAAGCAGUAUAUUUAGUGGGCAUGCCAUACCAGUCUCAGUUGCCAGAACAUUAUGAUGCUGUAUCCCAUGAUUCUCAUGGGACUGAGCAACUGUUGCACCAAGCUCUUGAACAGAGAAGUUUACAAGGUGGUUCUCUUCAGAAUUCGUUUGAGUAUCAGACGGGGCAGACUUUUCUGGCAAGACAAAUUCAGAACUUGAGGUUGGAUUCUGGAAUGAAUCCACUUUUGCCAUUGUCUAGUGUAUCUGCUCCAAUGAGUGCAGAUCCAACACAGAUGAAUGUUCACCCAUUAUUUGUUCCACAUUCUGCACCUGCUGUGCUCACUCAUAGUGGGGAUGGCCGAACAAGUUGUGUGUUCGAGUUUCAUGUUCAGGCUCCCACUGCGACUGGAGGAGAAGGUGCUCUCCUAUCCCAGCGUAUUUAUAGAAAUCGUCGAGGGUCUGCUGAUUUUAAUCCAGAUGAAUCCCUUCAACCAACAUUACAACCUGGUCGCCUUCAGCCUGUAACAGAAGAGCAGUUCAACUACUUGGGUGCUGAGUUUAUGUUACCUAGAGGCAGUUCUGUUCUACAGAGUUGGCCAGAAGGUAGUCCAGGAUAUUCCAGUGACUCAUCACAACUGACUUCCUCAGACACUAGUGAUUUUCUGUCUCCCCCUCCCAGUGGAAUAUCUUUGUCAUAUGGUUCAGGCUUGCCUCUGCCUGCUCCUCAGCUGUCUCAGAAGGUCUUUCCAGAUCCACAGGUCUUCAUCCACUUUCCACAAGGAACUUCAUCUCAACAGGCAUUUUCAACACUGGUUUCAUCGGGACCAUCUGCACACUUUACUCAGAUGCAAGGGCAGCCAGCUUCAAGUGUCUCAUCAGCAAGUACAUCAUCCCAGCUUAUGCAGCAAAGCCAACAGAGUACCCAGCAGCCAGCCUCAUCCCAACAAAGUGGGCAGUACCAGGCUCCUCAACCAUCAAUUUCAAGUGGAACUGCCCCUUUGCAGACAGUUACACAGCAAGCUCAAGUAAUACCUGUGCCUCAGGUGCCAGCUGGGACACAGCUUCCUGUUUCCCAACCAGUGCCGAUCAUCCAAGGUGAACCACAGUUACCUAUGGCUGCACCUUCCCUUCCUCAGCCUUCGGUUGCCCCAGUCAUGCCCAUUGGCUCUCACUUUCUUCCAGUGGGACAGCCCUUACCAGCUUCCAUUCUUCCACAGUUCUCAGUCUCCCAGAUGCCCAUAACAGCCCCUCAUGUGUCGGUGGCUCAGCCUUGCUUCCCGUCUCUACCCAUCUCUAUGGCAGCUGGAAUUAACCAGCCAUUACUUACCCUAGCCACAUCUGCUACUGUAACUACUAUUCCUGUGGGCUCAGCUGGUCUCCCUAGCCAGCAUCCAGCCCUCCAUCAGCCUGUGACUCAGCUGAACAGCCAGGUGCUCCCACAGCUUCUGCAGCCAGCUGUUCAGUCUAUGGGAUUGCCAGCCACUCUGGGACAAACUGCUGAAGUACAACUUCCAGCUACAGAUGCUGUGUAUCAGGGCUUUCCACCUCGGCUACCAACGCAAUACACCGGGGACUCAAAUAUUGCUUCCUCUUCUGUGGCUUCUGCUUGCCUCCCUUCUGCAGUGCUAUCCCCUCCCUUAACAACAGAUGCAAUUGCUCAGCCAGCCUAUCUUGCUGCAGUGGUGCAGCCUUAUGUGGAGCAGAAUGUUUUAGUUCCUAUGAGCAGUCUAGGAGGACAGGCUCAAGUACCACAAUCUUCUCCUUGUGUAGCACAGCAGGUCUCAUCUGCAUCCUCACAGCAGACAGCAUUAGAGAUUGCUUCUGGAGUGACUCAGGCUGCAUCUCUAGAAACCCAACCACCUGUACAGCAACAGCCUUCACAAUCCACCCCCUUAGUUUCCUCAAUAGACAGUGCACAUUCAGAUGUUGCGUCAGGCUUAAGUGACGGUAAUGAGAGUGUUCCAACAUCUAGUGGCAGACAUGAAGGGAGGACUACUAAACGGCAUUAUCGGAGAUCAGUGCGCAGCCGCUCUCGCCAUGAGAAGACUACACGUCCAAAACUGAGGAUUCUUAACGUAUCAAACAAGGGAGAUCGGGUUGUGGAAUGUCAGCUGGAGACACACAACAGAAAAAUGGUUACUUUUAAGUUUGACUUGGAUGGUGACAAUCCAGAGGAAAUAGCUACUAUCAUGGUGCAAAAUGAAUUCAUCUUGGCCACAGAAAGAGAUUCUUUCGUUGAACAGGUGCGAGACAUUAUUGAAAAGGCAGAUGAAAUGCUAGGUGAAGAUGCCAGUGGGGAACCAGAAGGUGAUCAAAGUAUCGGCAGUAUGCAAAACCAGAAAUUGGAUGAAGACUUUAAACAGCCAGAUCCUGUGUCUUCCAUUCCACAAAGAAUAGGUGUCCCUCCUAAUUCAUUGACUCAAGUUGUCCAUUCUGCUGGAAGGAGAUUUAUUGUCAGCCCUGUACCAGAAAGCAGGUUGCGAGAACAGAAAUUUUUCACCUCUAUUCCAUCAGAAAAUGAGCUUCUUGAUGUAGUUGCUGCUUCCUCAUCUCAUGGUCCUGGAAUGAAUCUGUCUCACUCUGCAUCAUCCCUCAGCCUACAGGGAGCUUUUUCAGAGCUCAAACAUGUACAAAUGACAGAAGGUCCCAACACAGCUCCUCCAGUUUUUAAUCAGGACAUGCCACCUUUCCCACCUAUAGCUACAAGUGGAAAUGGUGGGUUGCCCUCAACAUCAUUGACUGCUCCUUCAAUGCCCCUUCCUUCCUCCACUGGUGCUUCUUUACCAACUACACAGGUAGUGGAAAAGGUGACCACAGGGGUUUCACUGAAUGAAGAAUUGCCAGGCUCCAGCUCUCUUCCACCAGUGUUGCAGUCAGGGUCAGAUUUAAUUAGUGGUGUGGCUUCCAGCAUCAGUGCACCUUCUUCUUUGUCUACAACUGCAUCUCAGGCAGGUUCUGUUGCAGGAGAAAUUGUUCCUAGCAGUAGCACCCCAGCUUCUUUAACUUUGCCACAAAUUGGAGUGACUGGGCCUAGUGUUACGAUACCAGGAGCUAUGGCACCCCCUGUGACAUCUCAGGAGGUUGGCAGUGCCAGUGUUGUUCCGUCACAAUGCCAAACAACUGUCCCUGUUUCUUUGGCACAGAGCAUGGUUUCACAGUCUACUCAGUUGGACACUAGCAGUUCUGUCCCCAGCCUAGCAGAAAUGGUGGUGGUUAGUGUGCUGCAACCAAGAUCAGAAAGCGAGCAGCAGCCAGAAAAGCCACAUCUAGGCAUCACUGGUGGAGUAUCCUUGCCUCUUUCUGUACCUAUAUCCUCUACAGUACCAUCUAGUAUGCCUGGCUCCAUCAUGCAGCCACCUGGAGUACUUCCACUACCCAUCCCACCCAUAGUUACCUCAUCCACUUUAGCCCCAGUAGCAGGCAUAGUUUCUACUCCGGCAUUACCCCAGGUUCCUUUACCUGGCAUUCUGCCACUGGCACAACCAGUAACUAAUGUGCCUGUCGUCCAGCAAACUUUGAUACAUGGUCAUCCUCAGUCAGCUCCAUUGCCCAAUCUACCACAUACUCAUUCUUUGGAAGUGGAUGUUGACACUCAGCCCAAAGCACCAGGCAUAGAUGACAUAAAAACCCUGGAAGAAAAAUUGCGAUCUCUCUUCAGUGAACAUGGUGGUGUUGGGGCAGCUCAUCCAUCUGUAUCCUUGGAGACAUCUCUUGUGGUGGAGACCACAGUCAUGCCUGCCUUACCAACUACUGCUGUUGCACCCACGAAACCUGUGGCACCUAUUGCAAGUACCAGUAUACCACCAGCCAGUUUGACACUUGGUCCAGCAGGUUUACCUGUCGUAACAGCAGUUGCUACACCUGGGCAGGCAGGCACCCCCAUCAACAGUGUUCCAGCAACAUGUACUGCAUCAGCAACCACUAAACCGGGGACCCCUCCUUCAAAACCUCCUCUUAGCAGAGUACCGGGACUACCAGUAGUUUCUGAACCUCCAGCUGGCACUCCAUCCAGUGAGCAGUUGCCACCAUUUCCAGGACCUACACUAACUCAGUCCCAGCAACCUCUAGAAGACCUGGAUGCUCAGUUAAGAAGAGCCCUGAGUCCAGAAACAGUCCCAACAUCUACUCCUGCCUGUCCUGUGCCAUCUGUAGCUUCUACAGCAGUUACUGGAAUGGUUCCUGCACCAGAACAGCCUUCAAAUACUGAUUCUCAGGAGGCAGAAAGGUGUGCCACAACUACAACUGCAGGAGUUGCAGUUCUUAAGAUGGGUCGUUUUCAGGUUUCAGUGGCAGUAGAUGACCAAAAAAAGAGUGGAAGUCAGCCCAAGCAUUUUGACACAACCACCUCGGAAUCCUCAUCUUUGUCUAGCAGCAGCCCAGAGAGUACUUUGAUAAAGACAACCUCCAGUGGAACAGCUGAGGUCGUUGCUGGUACCUCAGUAGAUGCAGUAGAUGGAGUCUUUUCACACACUUCCAGCAUGCAGUUACAGCCAACCAAGGUUGGGCGUUUCCAGGUGACAACAACAGCAGACCAAGUGGGUCGCUUUUCUGUGUCUAGAACUCAAGAUGAAGUGACCUGUGUAGAAAGUGAGAUCCCUGCAAUAGUCCCUCUGUCUGAGCAUGUUUCUUCUCCACACACAACUCCUAAAUCACAAGUGGCAGAAAGGCGAUCUUCUCUGCAUCUGAAUGGGCCUUCUUCUGAGUUGGAAGCUGCCUUCUUGAGUGGUGCCACUAAGGAGCUGGAUGAUGGUGCAGGCAGUCCAGACUCUGUUCAUCCGCCUGGGUCAAAAAUCAGUCUUCCAGUCCAUAGCCUUAGUAACUCAUUCAACUCCUCCUACAUGAGCAGUGAUAAUGAGUCAGACAUAGAAGAUGAAGAUUUGAAGUGUGAGCUACGGCAAUUGCGGGAGAAACACCUUAAGGAGAUCCAAGAGCUUCAGAGUCGGCAAAAGCUGGAGAUAGAACUGCUCUACACAAAACUGGGCAAGAUACCUCCAGCUGUCAUCAUCCCUCCGGCUGCUCCUCUCUCAGGCAGGCGAAGAAGACCUACGAAAGGAAGAAGCAGCAGAUCUAGUCGCAGCAGCUCCCAGGGUAAUAAGAGCCCCCAGAUUUUGGGAAAUUUGUCUGCUCAGAGCGCACCUUCAGUCUUGCCCCAACAGCAGACCCUCCAUCCUCCUGGCAGUGUCCCAGAGACAGGACAGAACCAUCUGUUACAGCCCCUGAAACCUUCUCCUUCUAGUGAGAACCUCUACUCUGCCUUUACUAGUGAUGGUGCCAUUUCCAUACCAAGCCUUUCUGCGCCAGGCCAAGGCUGUGUGAAGUUUAACUGUGCAUCUGAGCGGGUGACAUUCAAGCCUGGUGGCAGGAGGACCCGAUUUCUGAGUACGCCCUGCUUGGCUCUUUGGAAGAUGGUGAAAAAAGUCUGCCCUUGCAACCAGCUCUGUAGGACCAGCAGUACAAAUACAGUUGGAGGUACAGUGAACAGCCAGGCGCCUCAAUCUCAGCCUCCUGCCUCUAGCCGGAAAGGGACCUUUACUGAUGACCUGCACAAGUUGGUGGAUAACUGGGCCCGUGAUGCCAUGAACCUCUCUGGCAAGAAAGCAGGCAAAGGACAUGGCAACUAUGAGGGCCCAGGCAUGGCAAGAAAGUUUUCUGCACCAAGCCAGCUCUGCAUCUCGAUGACGUCCUCCCUUGGUGCUACACCAAUCUCUGCAGCAUCUGCUACCUCUUUAGGUCACUUCACAAAGGCUAUGUGCCCCCCUCAGCCGUACGGUUACCCAACAGUGCCCUUUGUACCUCCCUGGAGUGGGACAGGUGGUCCAGCACAGCCACCUUUAGGCCAAUUCCAGCCUGUAGCAGCUGCCUCAUUGCAAAACUUCAACAUCAGCAAUUUGCAGAAAUCUAUUAGUAACCCCCCCGGAUCUAAUCUGCGGACCACUUAAUGAGACCCAGAUACACUGCUGGGUAGACCUUGGGGGGGAGGGGAGGAGAUGGGGCCUUGAAUCAACUACUGGGCUGCAGUUAAGAGACUCCUGAUGCCCAGAGGGGGUGAAUUUCUCCCUCUUAACGGUUGCUCUGUGCUCUCAGCAAGGAAAAGCCCUCUAAUCUGAAGAUGGGGAGAAGGGUGAUCAGGAUCUUCCAUGAUGGGACGUGCUUCCUUUCAUUCUUUUGUGUGGCAGAAUGUGUAGAAAUGGAAAUCACCAUGCAAGCCAAUGGCUUUGUGUUGUAAAAUUAAUUUGGCUGCAGAGGCCAAAUACCCACGGGUUGAGAUGGGAGAAUUAUUGUUCAUUCCAGCAUGAAUCUUUAGUUUGAUGUUUUGUUUUUUUAACUCUGAGAAAUUGAACCAUUUUGUCUGCCCUUUCCUUCAAGCCAUCACGUCGAAGAUCCUGAGCUGACGGGGCACAGCCCAUGCUUUGAGAUAGGUCAUUACUGCUUUAAGUAAAAGAUAUUAACAGCUUUGACUGCAGCAUUAGAGCAAUUUAAAUUGUUUAGAAGAUAAAUUUUUAAAAGUUCCCUGCGGACAUGUACUUACCAUCAGUUUUGAUGUGGAAACACUGUGAUAUAUAAAUGUUGUUGGACAACAGUAGUUUAAAAAAAUGAGUGGAUUAUAGAGGGUUAAACAGUUAAAAAGGAAAAAAAAUGGGGAAAAAGCUAGCUAUAUCCUGAUACGUAUUGGAGACACUUUAACUUUUUUCCUUUUUAUUUUCAUUGUAUUAGAUAAAUGUGAAUGUAUAAUUGUAUAAAUUAAUGUACUUGAAUACUUGUCUGUUCUCCCAGUAUGCUUGCUGGAUAUUUUAGUGCCUUGGACUUUUAUUGCUUCUGCAGUUAGCAUCACCUUCCCAGCAGACUUUAGACAGGCAGAGGGAAAGGCAGAGGAGAAAGGGAAGUUAUUUGAACAUAGUCACUGGAAUACCAAAGGCGUAACAACACAUUGUAUGUUUAUUACUGUAAUAGUGUCUAGAGCUGGAGUUGGAGGGGGAGCUUCUGCAGUUGUAUGUUGAAAAAAGCAAAGCUAUAGAUUCUUGGGGGGAACCAGUGCUAUUGACACAGCAGCAAGGAUGGAUUAGUGUGAAGUUGCUGAAAUGAGUAAAUACAAUGAGCAGAGUAAGAGCUGGGCUAUGUAGGAACAGAGGAAAUGAGGAGGAAGAGAAAUCUUUGGAAGGGUAGCUCCUAUGGGUGGACUGACUUUAAAGUGAUAAAGGUUUUUUGUAAGGGCAGUUUGUUAAGGGCUUAGAGCUAUCACUCUAGCGAGGGAUUGUGUCUGCUGGGAUCUGUUCCCCCCCUGAUUUAAUCCAGAAAGGCCAGGAGCAAAUCUUCCUGGCACAGCAUCAAUUGCCAAGGAUGGAUACACUUGAAACAGCCACUAUCAAAAACCAACUUGUUUUUGUUCUAUGUGUAAAGAACUUAAAACUGGUACCAUGACUGUAACUAACUGUGUUGCCUUCUGGUAGGUGUACUAUAUCUCCUACUUUCCGCUCGCCUUCCUCUUUCUACCUUAAAAUACUAAUUCCUUGUUCAAAUGAAAUACUGCAACCAACUAGUAUUAUCUGUAUUGCUGCAGCAGGCUGUGAAGGGUCAAAGUACUUCUGCUUUGUAUUUGGGAACAGCUCUACUGCUGGUCUAGAGACUUGUAUACUAAGGAGAGGUGUCUCCCCCCCCCCUUUACCCCGCCCUUGAAGUUUCUCUAAAGUUAGCAGGAAGUUUGUUCUUUCUGUACUUGGUUUCACUCUUCCCUCAAACAUAUGCACAGGUCUUUCUUUCCAUCCAUUCACCUCAAGUUGAAGCUUACAGUGGCUUUGUUAGGAAGAUAGAUUGGACAUGGGGGCUGAAUAACUGAGGUGCUGGGUUUCAACAAGUUACCAGACUUAAAGAAAAGGGAAAAAGUGUGCACAAUUAGGAUGGGCAAAUAUGAGCCUAAGGCUUCCUGCAGGGGGAAAAAAUCUGAAAAGUUGUGCUUUCUAUUCUACGGCUAAGGAUCUUAAAGGCAGCAACAGGAGUUGAGGCUAAUGUGCAGGAAGUGCAAAAGAGCAGAGAUGAGAAAGAUGCCACUUUGUGAUAGAGGAACUAGUCAACUGAGUGUUGCACAAGGGUGGUAUUUUGGUUUAAUAUGUUUGAGGUCAGGAUUUCACUGAAAAGUGCUGGUUUUAUUUAACGUUGAUUUCCCUCCUGUGGAUGAAAUAACUGAAGUCUAGAAGAAUGAACUAAUGCUACUGAACUGUUAAAUUAUUUUGUGUUAAUAUUACACUUUUGAGUACCUUUUUCCACAAGAUCUGUUUCUGAAUUACAGAUGUUUUCUUUACAUUAUUUAACAAUGUACACUGUAAAAACAAAUAAAUAAAAAGAAUUCAAACCUUGGGCUUCCCUGGCCGUAGUUAAUGGUAUGUUUUGCACUAAAUCCAGGCAUUGCGCUUCCUGUAUGAUUGCGCUUUGUGCUGCCGUUUGUUACCUUCUUUGUAGAUAUUUAAUGAAAUCAUUCAAAUAAACCAAACCUGCUUUUGUUGA